ACCGAAACCAUCAAGCUUGAUCUUGAGAUACUUUUCCAAUACCCGACCUCGAUCGAUAUCAUCUUCACCAUGAGAACCUUCAUCAUGCACACGCCUGAUAAGUGGUUCGCUGCCGUGGCGCACGACCCAAGAACAUUCUACUUCAAUCCGCCCCUAGGGAACCAGCCUUCCAACGUCGCCGUUCGGCUCUUAGCUCAGAAGCUGAGGCAGGGAGAGGCUCAUGUCAUCCAAGCAAUCGACGAAGGCCUCAUCUUCAAUGGCUACACGAAACCCGGCGAAGGGCUUACUCAAUUAUUGCCUACUGGCCGCGAGAUUUGGAGGGAUCUCUUCGAAAGCGCUUCAGAAUUGUGGAUUGCAACUGUUAGGGCCUGGGCUGGCAGGAGCUUGGCCACGGAAGGAACUACUGCUGCUAGAGAUAUUGAACUUGCGCUCGACGGCAUCAUCGCGCUAGUGAAUAUCAGUGGCGGUCCCAAAUUACCCGUGUCUGACGAGGCAACCGCCGCUAAGGGUGCCGCAACGAGCAAUGCUGUAGACACUCCACUGGAUUUUUUCAGUAGGCCGGUCGCCCUGUUCGCUUCAAACAAUGCCCCCUACAGCAUUACCAUCACCAAUGCUGUCCCCGGCCAAGAGCUGACACUGAAUGGUUGGCAUCUUUUUGACAGCUGGCUAGUCACGAAGUCACAGUCUCCUCAAAGCCAGCCAUUGCGCACGAACGAUCCAGCAUCCCUGUCUUGGUCAUACUGGAUGAGCUGGGUUGUUAGUGGGGGCAUCAUGGGCUUCUACGAUGGCUGGAUGUCUUACAGACUACCGAACGGCAAAUGUUUUGGGGUUCGGAUUCAUGUUCCCACCCAAGUUGGACCAGGAAUCGGCACUCGCCCGAGCUACAUGACUUCAACGACCGCGGAUCUUAAGCUCCUGAACGGCACUGAUAGCGUUUGGACCUUCCAUGAUGAGCCGUCCAAGCCGUAUUACUUUACAGAGGCUGAGGUUGGGAACUAUCAAGUUAUUAUAACUCCUGCUUCGUCAAGCUCGUCACUCACGCUUGAUGUUCAAGUUAUGCCCAAGUAGAACAUUAUUCACAUCGCUAGUCGACAGAGUAGCUAGCUAAUACAGUG